AUGCCCAGUUGGCCUAUUUCCCAGUUUCUUCGCAGUGACAUACCAAGUCGAAUCUACAACUUCUUCAAAAGUUUGCCGCUGACCAAGGCAGAGCUAGACUUUCCAAGUGAAAUCAACAACUUCUUCACAAUGCCUCCGACCAUCGAAGAGCACAUGUCCUGACAGAUUUUGCAACGACGGCUGUUGUGUUUGUGUUUUUUUGUCUAAAGAUUUAUUUUGACGUC